AUGAAGGUACAGAGUUUGAUCAUGCUACAUCUCAAAGUGAUUCUGGCCAUUCAGAUAAUAAUGUACCAUGUAAGUGCACUAUUAUUUUCCAGGUACUAGUCGAGCAAAUGAACCAAUGCACGCGGUACUUGAGGGUGAACUUGGUGAAAGUGAGAUGGCUGAAGGAAGAGAAGCUCAGAAUGUCAGAAACCGCGCUCUACUCCAUUACCUUGCAUCAUUGGCGAACUCCAACAGUACAAAAGAUACAUUUGAUUUUGAUUUCGUUGAAUCUUUACUGAAAAAUGGUGCAGAUGUGAACAGCACAGACAAGACAGGUCAGACUGUGUUUCAUGAAGUAGCGAGAUCUUGGAACAUUGAUGUCGCAAAAUUCCUCAUUAACAAUGGUACGAACAGUAUAGUCUACUAUGGUAAUAAUGUGCGUCAAAUGUAGGUUUCAAUUGUACAUAGGAAGUGCUGAAAGAUUCCGAUACUUUCGUUCAAUAUAAGCAAUAAAAUAUAAAGAAUGCUAAUUUAAGGUUAUUAAAAAGGUAUGGAUAUUAAAUAAACGUAUUUUGAUUUUCAAGGUGGAAAUGUGAACCAACAAGAUCAGUAUGGUCGAUCACCACUUCACGUUGCUGCGGCAGUAGACUACGCUGAAAUGGUAGAAUUUCUUCAGCAAAAUGGAGCUGAUAUUGAUAUUAAAACGACUGGUGAAGGACAAACUGUAAUGCAUUUUGCUGCUAAAAAUGACGCUAUCAACUCUAUUCAUAUGUUGCUAGGAUAUGGAGCAGAUAUUGACGCACGUGACAGCAAAAACAGAACACCACUACAGGUAUAGGAUUACUACAGGAUUGAUAAAUCAGGAUAAAAUUUUGACUGUCAGGAUUGACUACAGGGUUGAUUUUGACUGGUUGCAUGUAAAAUGCAUACAACAAACUGGUUCAGUUGUGUAUAUAACAAUAAAUAGUGCUGCUGAUGGAUAAUCCAACUGACGAUAUCUAUAUAUAUAUAUAUAUAUAUAUAUAUAUAUAUAUAUAUAUAUAUAUAUAUAUAUAUAUAUAUAUAUAUAUAUAUAUAUAUAUAUAUAUAUUUUUUUUUAAGCCAUUUAAAACACUCGCAGUCUGUGCUUUAUCAGAUAUAUCUGAUAAAGCACUCCUGCUCGUGUUUAUAUAGUAGGCUACAUAUACACAUUUUAUACCUAACCAGCUAGGAACGUUACGACACUAUAGACCUUAUUCAUAAAUCGUGAUCGAGGCCUCGUAUCCUAGGAAACGGGGAAAACGCGGGAAAAUUGACAAAAUGUUUUUUUUGCUGUCGGCUAUGGCAGCUUUUUAUCGUCAAUAUUACGGCUUUUUUCUAAAAUAAUAUCUAUAAAACUGAGUUUGAAAGUUGAAAAAAAUACUUCUGAGAAAAUAUAACAUGAUAUUUAAAGCAAAAGAUGCUGGAGUCAAUCGAAAAAGGAAACCUUUGACUUUCACUAGUUUGUAUCAUUGUCGUAGUUUGUAUGGCCAAAACAAACAACCAACAAGGCUACAAAACGUCUAUACAAUACCAAAAUCGUAAGAAAUAUGAAACUAUUGUUGAAGAAAUAAGAUUACAACUCACUCAGGUAAUGUAGCCUUCAUUUUUUAAACUUGUAAGCUGCUUGCAGAAUGUUAUCGAGCCACAGCCAUAGUUCAUAUUUCCCCGUACGAAUCAAUGACAUUUGACGUUCUCUUGUGAUUUUUGACCUGUUGUUUUCUUUCAUAUUAAUGUCAAAUUCGAAAAAUUAUACUUUCAUUCCAUAGUUGUCAUGAUUUUUCACGGAAUAACCUUUAUAUUGACGUUAAAAUCUCAGUAAAAUGCUGUUUUUCGCUUCUGGAUAAACACUGUCGCUACGUUGUCAUUUUUUCCACACAAAAACGGGAGAAAAACCGGUCGCUUUUAUAAUAUACUCGUUUACCGCUUUCGUUGUGGGAACAAAGUCUUAAAAUACACACAAAAAUCGUUAUAAAUCGCAAAAAAACAACAAGAAACAAGCCGUUGAAGUCACGAUAUAUAGCAUCUGAAUUUGGCUUGUCAAGCAGUUUUCGCUUGUUUUCCCGCGUUUUUCCCCGUAUCCUAGGAUACGAGGCCUCGUCACGAUUUAUGAAUAAGGUCUAUAGGUCCCCUGGAAAACAAGCUGUUACAAGCGUCCUUGUUACUGAGUCCUUUCUUGUGGGUUAGCAACUUUCUCAAAUGUCCAGCCAUGGUCUGGAAACUAAACAGAAGUCAUUGUAUUAUGUUUUUGUCUGAGUUUAUGUUAAUUUAUGCACGGUCACGGUGAUUGAGCUCAUUCUAUUUUCGUUUAAUUAAGUAACCGUCCAAUAGGGAUAGCUGAGAUGAAACGUGUAACCACGAUGAGGAUUCAAGGAUUUGUGUACGGUGACGUACAUUUCAACAUCAAAAAAAGGUCUUCUAUUUUGCAGCUUUCAAGUUUGCCGGGCUUCCAGACCAUCAUAUCUUGACAGAUUAUGCUUUAAUCCGAACUUUGAAAUUGAAUAUUUACUAAUAUUGAUAUUUUCUACAUUAUAGGUAGCUGCAGAAAUGAAUCGUUCUAAAGCUGCCAAACUCCUGAUUACGGAAGGCGCUCCAGCUGGUGUGUAUGACAACUUGGGAAACUCGGCCUUGUCCCUUCUCAUUGAAAAGAUUCCUGAAGUGGCUUUGGAUGCAAUGAAUCAGUUUCACUCAGUAGACACAAUCAAUCGUAAAGAAUUUUAUUUUCUCAACUAUCUGGAAGGCACGAAAUUAAAAGAACAGAAAACGCCUGCUCGAACUCCCCUUGAGAUAGCUGUCCAGAAUGAGAGAUAUGACAUCAUCAUGCAUCCCGUCAUGCAACGCCUGAUUGGUGCAAAAUGGCAAUGCUAUGGCAAAUGGGGUGCUGUUCAAGAUCUUGCGCUGAAUCUCAUAUACACAAUAUUGUGGACACUGCUUGCAGUGACUCUUCCAAAAUACGGAAGAGAUUUGUAUAUCCCCAUCGGUCCCAAUUCCUGGAGACUUAUUAUUGGUAUUUUCCUUAUCUUGCUCACGAUAGUGGAAAUAAGAAAACAGAUCCUAAGUAAGUUUCUAAAUUAAUCAUGUAAUAAUUCAUUACACAUGCACACGUGUAAGGUGACUAAGGUCUGUAUAACAAGUUCAAUUAUUACAAGCUUCACGGACCAAAACCAGUUUUCUAUUCAUUUCUAUUACAUUAGUUUACGGCUUUUUUAAAUCUUAAAAGAUCUUAUUAAGGCGAUGCCACGAUGUUACACCGGACAACCUUUAACGUCAACUCGCAAUUUAAAUUCGAUACAGAACAAAUCAAAUUACGUGUUACCUCAUUCGCAUCAGGGUCGUUCCCAGGGAUUCACAGCUUAAAAGUUAUCCCGUGUAACAUCGCCUUAAUUAAAAGACUUCAAUGAUUUGGAUUCUUGCACUUGGUGGAAUUAAUAUUAGAAUGUUAGGGUUUGUAAUCCAAGUGAGAAUAUAUACAUUUUAAGACCUAACCAGGAACGACUGCGAAAAAUGCAGCACAAGGUCCUCUGGUAGGAAUUGAACCGUAGGUUCACGACCAUAUCCUACUCUGUGGCCAUAUCAACCCUCCUAUCUAACGACCAUAUCCUACUCUGUGGCCAUAUCAACCCUCUCUUGAUAUAUCUUUCAAACGCUUUCGAAAUGGUUUAGGCUUUGUCAGCUCAUGCACGUAUUUAAUUACCACCAUAUGCUCUCUUUCACUUUCGACAUUUCAUCAUUAAUCUUAAUUAUUCGUAACUUAGAUCAUCGUUGCAGUGUGCGAUUAGUAUAGGUAAUCAUGCGAUGGCGAGUACAAUCAGGGAUUAAUAGUACGAGUGAUGUUUGGAAAUUUUGCCAAAAUUGGACGAGCCGCCGUACUUGAUUAUUAUUAGCAUAUGACAAAAUUGUAUACUUCUCAAUGUCAACAUCAUAUUCUCUCGCCAAAGCCCAGUCCUGCCAGACUUUCAACCAAAAUUUGGUGCUUUUGUUCGUAUUUUCAUUUAGUUCUUUUGUUAAAGCAAAAUUUGGUGCUUUUGUUCGUAUUUUCAUGUAGUUCCUCAAGGCUCAAGGGCGAUUUCCUUUCACAUUUGUGUUCAAAAUACCUUUCCGCCAUUUUGUUUGUUUUGGGAAAAUCAUUAAUUGUACUGCAGUACAAUUAAUGAAAUAAUUGUACUAGUGUACUCCUAUCAACCAAUCAGCAUCCAGUAAUUUUGUCAUGCUACUAAACUGAUUCUGCAGAACAGCGAAACCAAUAAACUUUUCUUUUUAGACACAUUGAAAACUCGCCAAGAACAUAAAGCGUGGAAAGAAUGGCGAGCUUCAGAACUUGAACGUGAUAUUGAGUACUGUCAUCCCAGGUGGCCACAAGAAACCCAGUAUGUCAACGCAGAGAUAAAAGCUGUUAGAAAUCUCUCUCUUAUGUCAGGUUCUGAUUACUGGAUAUAUUUUGAUUGGAUCGCACUCGUGCUUAUCCUGGCAACAAUCGUAUCUCACGUGGUUUUCUUCCACUACAGUACCGAUUUAUCCAAAGAAGUCCACCAUUACAUCACAAUGCCGUUACUUCUGAUACUCUGGUACAGAAUGUUCAAAUAUGCAAGACCCUUUGAAGGUGCUGGUCCUUUUGUUGUCAUAUUUGGCAGUGUAAUAGGUGACAUUAUAAAGUGGGGAUUUUUCAACAUCAUCAUUUUUAUACCGUUCGCCUGUGCCUUUUGGUUAACGUUUGGUUCUAUUUCGUCCACUCCUGUCACGGGCUACGACAAAGUUGGUCCGCUGUUGUACAACAUCUUCUCCAUGAUGGUUGGUGGUGAGCAUCGCUUUGACAGAUUGCAGAGAACCAAACCCUUCAUGGCUAGGUUGCUAUGCGGAAGUUUUAUAGGUGUGGCAGCAAUCGUCACCCUUAACUUGCUUAUUGCUCUUCUUACGAACACGUUUGAAAGACUUUACGAGAACGCUAUUGCCAACGCUGUUAUGCAAAGAGCAAGGACCAUUCUUCUACUCGAGAAGUCUUUAUGGCGUAAACAAGAAGCGAAAUACUACGACUUUAUCAAGAAAAACGCAAGUCCAGAAAUCAUUUCCAAAAAUAUUGGUCGGUUAAUGUCAUUGGACAGAGAGGAAGCAACAAUUGAACGAGUUCAUGACGAUGUGAAAGGGAUAGCAAGUGCCCUAGCUGAAAAGUUUGGCAAGCAAUUUCGAAAGGGCAAGGAACCAGACAUGGACUUUGUAAGAAUGGAUGUCAGUAAAGUGCGAAGAUUACAAGAAGAAAUUGUUAAUGAUGUGAGAAAUAUGAAGAUAUCGUUAGAUGAAAUGAAAGAAACGCUUCGAGAAAUAAUAAUCAACAUUAACAAAAACAAACAAACCGGUAACCAGGAUGACGACGACGACAGCACCACUUCAAAUGAUGAAAGCAAGCACGACGACAGUAGCUGCUCCAAUGAUGAUGAUGGCAACGUAAAUAAAAACAGUAAAACUAACGAAAAUGAAACUAUCAAUGAAAACAAUCCCAACAACCAAAAAUACCAGAAAAUAGGCAGCAACAAAGAAGUUACUAUCAAAGAAAAGGAAAUACUAAGCCAAGGAGAAAGUUCAAUGACUACUUCCCCUAAAAGAGUAGAAACAGUUAUGGACAAAACAAAUUUUGAAACUAAAGGUCCAAAUAAAACUGAAAUAAAGCCACAAAUCCUAAAAAAACCUGAUGUACCACCAAAGUCAUCAAGGGCAAGGAAAGCUCCAUUAGAACCAAAAGGUCCAAAGAAUGUACAUAUAGGAGAACUUCGGAAGAAGUUUGAAGAGAACACUGAAUCUGAUACCAACAAAAAAAGUCAAUAUGAUAGAGCUGAUAAACGUGUCGAACAAAAGAAUGAAAUGCAGGUAAUAAAAUAAUUUGUUAACUUUGAUCAUAUAAAUUGGUUGUAACUUCUUAUCAUGUUUAUUAAUAAAAAGAAAAUUUCGAAUGCAGGUACACUAUAUAAAAAUUCCUAAUACUGGUGUGCUGAAAAACCUAUAGUUAUGUACAUCCAUGCAACCUCUUCCAACAACGUGAAAACGUUUAUGUUCUCUUUUGCUUCCAUUUUCAAUUCAGAAACAAUCCCAAACUUUCUGUUCUAAUUUUUUCUUGGAAAAUACCAAAUAUUAUGUGAUAAAGCUUUCAAUUCAUGUCAUCAUCAGUAAUAAACCAAUCUUCAAUUUUAUACGUUUUUGUUACCGGAAAUCCAAAUAUAAUUUCACCUAAUUCAAAUUUGAAAUGUGGGAUAUGCCUGUUGUAUACUGAAUUUAACCUUCUAUUUUUGUAGUUAGUCCAAUGCGUCAACAACCAGGGAUUUCCAGUCACACUUAAUGUCGAGGAACACCAUCCGGUUUUCUGCACUAACACGAAAUGCUUACAACUUCACGCAGAACACCCCACAGAAAUUUGUUUUGGUCAAUUACCACACGCAAAUGCAGAGCGCUCUGGUCAAAAUUACUCAAAAAUGCCAAUAUCACACGUCCAGACACAAAAAAGCACCCAGUUUUCAAGCGAGCCAAGUUAUUCCUCACCGAAAAGAAACAAGAUGGUUUCUUUCAGUGACUUUAAAGUGACCAAAAAAUUUCAGAAAAACAACUCACGUGAAUCUUGUAAUUGUCGUUUCGAAGGGGGAUUGCAAAUUCCAACAACACGUCAUCAGGAUGUUCAAGAUGAAAACAUCUCUACAAAUUACGAAGGAUCCCUGUGGAAGAACUUACGUUCUGAAGAUCCGAUUGACAACGAACAGCAAUCUUUCAGCAGCACUUACUUGCAUUUCAACGAUGAUUCAGGAUGUUGUUCGCAUUCUGUUCAACCAACGUCAUUUUCGCGUACCAGACUAAGUGGUCGGUGCAGAACCGGUACCGUACAACAAACCAAAAAUGAAAACAUCGGCUCAAGAUCUACACAUUCAGACGGCGUGAUGGUGGAAAUGCCUUACGUUGAGAGAAUAUAUAAGAACAUUCCAGGAACCAAUUCGGAGUUUGUAAGUUAAUUGUAUUAUAUCUAUUUUAACUAUAAGUUCAUGAUCAUUCUCGAAGGCAUUUCUUUCAUGAAAAUUUGUCAAGAUACUGAAGUGAAGUAUCUGGCCUCUGGGUCUACUAAUUGAUGCUAACUUAACAUGGAAAUCUCAUAUUGAUUAUGUUUCCCUUAAAACUAAGCAGAAUUGUUGGAAUCGUUGCUAGAUUUAGAUACUUUGUUCCUAAGCACACUUUACCAAGGAUUUACUAUGCCUUAGUGCACCCCUAUCUGAAUUAUGGUAUAUCGAUGUGGGGUCAAACUUGCAAAACUCUUCUCAAUCGUCUCCUUGUGCUGCUUCAGAAACGAACUGUUCGUUUGAUGAAUUUUGCAAAUUUCCGAGACCAUGCUAUAUCCAUUUUUUAUUAACUCCGUUUAACAUAUCUAUACAUUAUUUACUAGUUAGUGAUGCUCAUAAUUAUAACACUAGCUCUGCAGCGCGCGGUAAUCUCUAACAACCUCGAUCCAGAUUACAAAAGCCGUAUGGAAUGCUCUACCACUUGCAAUUCGUGCUCUAAGUAAAGUGGCUUUCACAAAAAAAUGUGAAAGUAUGCUUCUCGAUGUUAUGUUAUCUGGUGAUGAGUCACUGAUGACUAUGUUGAUUUCGACCAAAUUAUGCAAACAUUCUCUAAAUUAAAUAGUUACUUGUUUAUAUUAAACUUAAUCCACAUCUUUAAAACUCUUCAGUUGAUUUUGCUGCAGUUUAUACGAGUCUCCAAAUAUUUUGUCCUUUUUCGCUCUUCCCUGAUAGCGGUCAGGUCUGCUAAUAUGCGUGAAAUAUUAAGUAAUUUUUAUUUGUUUGUAUGAACUGUCUAUAACUAUAUGAAGCUCACGGGCUGUCUAACAAUUAUAAACAAAGUUAAAUAAUUUUACAACCCCCGACUUCGAAUAGCUUCCUAAAUGUGGGUGGGUUGUUAUUGUCAAAAUUGUUCACAAUAAAUAAAUGGUUAUUGGUUAUUACUGGUCAGUUAUUGGUUAAACGUUUUACAGGAAAUGGAAGUUGCUUGUAAUAUAUAAUCAUUACGAAAGAAAAAAAAUUACACCUGCCCCAAUUAAGAAAUUCAUAUGCUUAAACGGAAAUGGCAAUAUAUUUUUUAUUUUCUCAUUUGAAAGAACUUUUAAGACUAUAUCUUGCUUUCUUCUACAAAUAUUUUGAUCGAAAGAAAUGAAAUGUCCGCCAGUUUUGGUGACGUAACAACAAGGAUUAACCAUAUAAAAGUAUUCGUUGCUGACAGUGGCGUAACGGAACCUCCUGAGGCCCCGUCAAAUUUUUAAAUGGGGUCCUAUCUUUUCCCCAAAAAAGUUGGACGAGCGGGGGGAGGGAAGAAAAAACUAUAUUCCUUAAAAAUAAGGUGUUAAAAAUUUUUUCCGGACUAUGACAAAUAAAAAAAAAGUAAAAAUAAGUAAUAAACACCUUCCACCAAACAUCCAAACACCCUCCGGUUACGCCACUGGUUGCUGACCAAAUAUUGAUUGGUAAAUCGGUUUUAAAUGAUCUUGAUAUUUCGAAGGGCAGACAGAGUAUAAUUUUGAGUGCAAAAUGAUUAACACCUUGUCCACCAUACUUACCCGUUUGGUUGGUUAGGUGUUAGCUCAGCUGACCGAGGGGGGUGACCUGGACGGACUCUGUUACUUGGACUCAGAUUAAGAUCCGUGACAAUGGCUCUUGAGCUGCCACCCCCCACCGAAUUAACACCUUCACACCAAUUAAAAAUUGGUGGAAAUAAAUUGUUGAACUAAGCAUACAAAAGAAAAAAAAUAUAUAUAUAUUCAAAGCGCACGUUGUCGUCGUUUGGACGUCAGACUUGGAAUGAUAGAUGUCACCUACUCCCAUUGCGCCAUCCCCCCGGUCAUGUGACGUGCUGACGUCAGAAUACCUGGUUCCCAAGUUGCUAACCUUGGUUAUUGCAUAACCUCAUUUAGUGGUUGUCUAGAUAAAACUAUUGCGUGACCCCUGUUGUGACGUACCGUUAAUGAGAUAUAUCCAAGAUGGCGGACAUCUCAUUACUUCAAGUUAAAAUAUUUCAAGAACUAAGCAAGAUAUGAAAAAUCGGUAAACGAAGUUAAGAUAUAGUUUCAAACGUUCUUUCAAAUGAGAAAAUAAAAAAUUUCCCUUUAACAUGUAUAUCCGCUUUAUAAGAAAGUGAUCCCACAAAUCAAUAUACUGCGAUGGAAACACUUGUCAGCCUUUAGCAUGGCUGGAUCACGAGGACUUGAUCACUAAAAUUCGCGUCAUUGUAUGCACGUAUAACACUGGAAGCUAGUCAGUAACUCAUAAUAGUAACUCAAGUAACUCAGCUCUCAAAAUGAGUACUUAACUUCAACAUUUUUCUGUCGGCUUUCUAUAGUGGCUAUAUCAUGCAUUCCACGGAAAACAGCUGAAGAUAACAUUACAAGUUGAUGAAUGGGCUAAUUCUUAAAUUAUUUUCAAUAUUUCAGAGUGCCAGUGAAGCAAGCUGGUAAAAGCGUGAAGCUCAUUUGGUAUAUACUACCAUGCAACUGGAGGCAAGGGAAAUUUGGACGAGCAAGAGAUGAUGUAAUUGUUGGUAUAAUAACGAACAAAUUAGUAUCUUAGGUUGUUUUUUGUGGCUUAGCAUUGGACCUACAAUGCAAAGUUAGGGUAAUAUUUACUUCGUCGAAUGGAAGUUAAAUGUAACAAAAUUAAAGUGCAUGUAGAGUUUUACUGUUUUCCUUUUUUGUUAAUUUUAAGAAUGGCAACCAGUGAAAAACGGUGUCGUCUCUUGCCAUUUGGUUUUAUUAAACCAAUUUUUUUAGUAAGGAAAACAGGAAGCCAUGGAAUUGCGGCGUGAGAAAUGUAACCUUCACGGUACAGACUUUUUAUAUAA